AUACGCCCAUACGCGAGGCUCAACCGCGCGAGCCCAGCGCUGGCAUCCGAACACGGCAGGCCACCCGCAGGGGUAGAAAAGGGGUGAAGAAGAGCAGUGGGUGGCUUGGCUUGGCUGGUCGCGGCAUAUAUACCACCUCGGCACUAGAGCGGAGCGGUUGCUCUUGCUCUCGGCUCUCGGCUCUCCUCUGUCUUCUGCAUCGCAGUCGUCGCCGCUCCCCGGCCGGGCUCGCUCGGUCGCGUGCGCGGCCCACCCAGACCAAAGCAGCGGCGCAGCAGCAUGGGGAACUGCCAGGCGGCGGAGGCGGCGAACGUGCUGCUCCAGCACCCGGGCGGGCGCGUGGAGCGGCUCUACUGGUCCACCAGCGCCGCCGAGGUCAUGCGCGCCAACCCGGGCCACUACGUCGCGCUCGUCACGCUCCGCGUCGCCGAGGAGCGGCAGGACGCCCCCGGCGGCGAGCGCCGCACCGUGCGCCUCACGCGCGUCAAGCUGCUCAAGCCCAAGGAGACGCUGCUCCUCGGCCACGUCUACCGCCUCAUCACCACCCAGGAGGUGACGAAGGCGGUGCAGGCGAGGAAGGAGGAGAAGCAGAGGAAAGCGCAGCAGCAGCUGCUGGAGUCGAGGCAGGGCACGCCGAGGGGCGCGCCCGAGGAGGACGACGACGAGGCAGCCUUGGACGCCAGCCUUGAUCAGUUGGCGCGUCAGGACAACGGCAGCCGGAGCUCCAGUGCGCGACACCGGCAAUGGCGGCCGUCGCUGCAAAGCAUCGACGAGGCCACGAGCUGAUAUGUCAGCUCAAUACACUCAUCAUACCACACACAACCGUAGAGCCGUAAUCAUUGACCGGUGGACCUGUAUUUUCGGUGAUCACCUGGCUGGCCUCGAUUAGUUCAUCGCAAAGGGUUGCGUUGCUAUUGGCCUACUGCUACAUUUGCAAACUGUGAGUUGGAGUUGGACACCCUAGGAUGAGAGGACUGCUUCAGAUCAUGCAGUAUGUGGCCUCGGAUCCGUGUAAAUUUUCAGGUGUUUGUUAGUGAGACUGCUUUGCUCUUUUUUUUCUCUCUCCAUAUGGUUUGCACAUCGAAUCAUACUAGUAACAAACUAGAGUAGCUUACGAUUAGAUUUACAACCAGACAUGCCAUGUACUUGCUACUCUCUUGCAGAUGGGAAUCGAGCGUAUAGCUUUUGAGGA